ACCUUCCCAGGGGAGGAAGGGAAGCCCCUUUAUUUCUUCUCUGGGACUGGUCAUUAUCGUCCCCCAACACGGGGCUCUUUUGCUGCUCUUGUUCUAUUUUUUGGGAAAACCCUGCUGGCCAGUCAAGUAUGGGCUGCCUCCCUCUGCGGAGAAGCCCUCAGCUAGAAAGGGGCCAGAGUAGAUGCGGCAACGGGCAGCAGGAACUGGGAGGUAGCUGCGAAGGGCUACAGGUGAAAUAUUAAUGCCGGUAAUGGGAGACAAGAGCAGCCUGGAGCCAUUUUGAACAGCCCCAGCGCCUGUUUUAUUCUUUAGAAAUCGUCACCACCAGAGCCGGCAUUUCUGGGUCACUUUCCGGUUUGUGAAGCAUUUUACAAACAUUGAAUGUUAUCAUUUUAUUCCAGAAGCAGUAGGGAGCCGCGGAUGGUUCUAGCCGCCCAGACUGCUGCAUUUCCCAGCGUCCCAGGUCAGCAGCGGCCACUUCAUCUCCUUUCUCUUGUGGUUCAGUACCUGUGAGGACUUUACUCCCUCCUUCCCUUCGCCCACCAAAUGUGUUUGGCUUCGGACAGGCAGCCCUCCCCGGGGCUGCUGUUACUGCUGCAGAUGACUCAGAAACCGGCUCGACUGCCCUGGACCGCGUAGGGCCGGUGCACCCAAUGGUAAGCGAGCGCUGCCUCUUCCCUCCUGGGGCUGGGCGGUGAAGGGUGUGGGGCUCUGCCUGUCAGAGCAGAAGGAUUGGGAAAGCCCUGACACGGGGGGCGGAAGCAAGGACCUUUAGUUCUCGGCUGCCUUCUGGGGCGCGAUCUCCGCGGGAGGACUUCCAUGUUCACUGGAGGGACACGGAGACCAGCCCAAGGACACUUGGAGGGAAAGCUGAAGACUGACCGAGAGGGGGGCGCUCCGGGAGGCCGCCAAGAGUCACCACCAUGGGGAUCCUGUACUCCGAGCCCAUCUGCCAAGCAGCUUAUCAGAAUGACUUUGGUGAAGUCUGGAGAUGGGUGAAAGAAGAUAACAAUUACGUGAAUGUUCACGAUAGAUUCAAUGGAGACACCCCCCUAAUAUGUGCUUGCAGGAGGGGACAUGUGAAGAUAGUUACAUUCCUUUUACGAAGAAAUGCCAAUGUGAAUGCCAGAAAUCAGAAAGAGAGAACCAGUCUCCAUUAUGCCGUGAGGAAAAGGUUCACCUUCCUUGACUAUCUGCUCAUCAUUCUUUUGAUGCCUGUUCUUCUGAUUGGCUACUUCCUCAUGAUAUCAAAGACGAAACAGAAUGAGAAUCUCGUCAGAAUGCUACUUGGUGCUGGUGCAGAUGUGAAUGCCACAGACUAUAUUGGCUGCACAGCUCUUCAUUAUGCCUGUGAGAUGAAAAACCAAAGCAUCAUCCCCUUGCUUCUGGAGGCCCAUGCAGACCCCACCAUAAAGAAUAAGCAUGGCGAGAGUGCUUUGGACAUUGCACAGAGAUUAAAAUUUUAUCAGAUUGAAACCAUGUUACAGAAAUCAUCAUAACCCUCGUGACAUCCUAGAUGGAGGACUAGACCAAGGUCAGACCCUCUGGUGCUGUCCCUGAGUUCGUCUGUGAUUCAACCAUCUCAUGCCAGAUCAGACCCUCAAAUGUCUGUGUCUCAGUUUCUCCAUCUGUAAAAAGGGGAUUUUUAGCUACCAGAGGGGAUGAAAAUAAUGUGCUUGUUUGGUAUUUGUACUGACGUUUCAACCUGAAGGAUUCACUGGGACCAUCUUCCUUCUAAGACUGAUGUCCAGCUUGUCCAAGGUCCCAUUUUAUCUGAUGAAGAUUGUUUUUCAGAUUUGCUUACUCACGUUUUCUAGAAGGAACAGACGAGUUGAAUGAGACUGGCAUCUACUUUUCCUUAUUCUACAUGACUGACCUGCUUCUGUGCCCAAUCAGCCACACACAAGCCCUCAGUGAUGCCCUUUGUGCCACUCCUGAUAUACCUUGAGUUGGAGUCCUCAGAGCUCCUGGGGACCCAUGACGCAAAGCCAUGGAACAUCACCAGGAGAAUAAGGUCUUCCAAAGAGGGCAGCUUAGGAUCCUUGAAAACAGAGAAUUUCCUCCAUCACUUGCAGAAGUUUUGCCUCCUGGAUUCCAAGAUUCAAAAAAGUCAUACAAAAAGAGGGAUGAAGACUAUUCAAUGGCUGCCAAGCUUGGUGGUAGCUUCUCCUUUUCUCUUGGACCCAACAGAUGUCAACCAAGUUACAAGAAGGGUGGACAGAGCUGUAGGGUCAAACUGACCCCACCACCUCACGGAGCUCUAACUAGGACGGGGCAAUAGGACCUUUGCUCUAACAGUAUUUAAUUUAGAAGGCACUGAAUUUCAAGGUUGCUAUGAGCAUUUCCCCAGCUCUAGCACACAGAAACAGUGGAGGCUGGUGCUUAUCUAGUAAGAAUAACUAGUCAAAAUAGGAAGCUGUCUCUAUGAGAGAUGGGUGAGCUUCUCCUCCUCCUGGACCUACUUAUUGCCCUCUCUGUUGCCCUCCUUUAUCCAGUCUUUCUAGCCUAAUGCUGGUGCCUGAGGAUCUCUGACUCCCUCACCCCAUAGGAUGGGGCCCUUUGUUCUCUUCCCCACUUGGGAGAAUCUUGCCCCGGCACCAUUCCUGGCGUUUGCUCCAACUGCACAAAUUGGUAGUUUCACCUCUGACUCCAGCUCUGUCCGAGACCAGAAGAAUCGUAGAUGGUCUGCUUGAAAUCCAAGAACAAGCCCAUAUCAGUCCAGUACUGCACGUGGGUCAGGGGUGGUCCCUGAGAAGGGAGCAUCCCAGUUACCCACUUGGCCCUGACUAGUAACCACCAAUCCAGUCUUGACUGGGGUUCCAGACUGAUCCAGAGCUCAUUUGCCGAGGCCAGGGAAAGGGGUUAUGUUCAUGAUCUUAGGAUACUCUUUUCUAUUAAUUAAAGAUUUAUGAAGUAACUUCCUUACAAGAAUUCUGUGAGGGGCAGGCAGGAAAGCUAGUACAAAGCGAGCUCACCAGCAAACUGGGAAGUGCUGUCACUUCCAAGCACACAUAACUAGUGAUUGUCUUGAGCCAGCAUUUGGUUCCAGGUCUCUCAUCAGCCAGUGGAAUUUGAGUGGGGAAAGGGUUAGAUUUGGAGAUAGAGGACCUGGGUGAGAAUCUUGGUCCUUACUAAAAACUAUAUGACUUUGGGCAAGUUCCUUUCCUUUGGGACUAAGCUCCUCAUUCAUGAAAUAAGGAUGAGGUCCCUUAGAGGCAGAAAUUUGUGAUCCUAUGACUGUGAGUCCAGCAUUCUUUCCAGUAUAUCACCUGACUAUAUCAAUGUCACUAUCUUUGCAUUGGAGUCUGCUAGGAGGAGAAAUGUUGGAUCUUGAGUCAGGAAGACUUGAGUUCUAAUCCAGCCGCACACACUAGUUUUGUGACUCUGGGCAAGCCAUUGAUUCUGUUUGCCUCAGUUUCCUUCUGUGUAAAAUAGGGGCAGUAACAUCUGCCUCACAGGGCUGUUGUGAGGAUUCAGAGUUAACAUAUAUAAAGGCCUUUCUUUGUAAACCUUAAAGUGUUUUAUUUAAAGGUCAGAUAUUUAUCUUUCUUAAUGAAAGAGCAGGAGAAGGAUUUGGCACCAAAAACCCUGGUUUGGAAUUCUAGCUCUGUUAAAAGCUGGUGACCUUAGCCAAGUCACUUCCUCUUUUGUGCCUCACUUUCCUCCUCUGUAAAAUGAGGGAUAAGGCCUCUUCCAGCUCAGAGUGCUGGCUCUUAGUUAGAUGCAACCGGCAGUGAAUUCUUGAGGGAGUCACAAAGAUGUCACACCUGUUAGCUGUGUAAUGUGGGGGCCCAGGAUUUCCUCUGGUUAAUUUAUUACUUUGUUGUCUUGGAUGCUCUGAGUGUGAAUGCUGGAAAGCUUUUUUUUUUUUAAAUGAAAUAAAUUACAACAUGUGAAACAA